AUGGAGUUUUUAUGUUGGUUGUAUUUGAUUAUAACCCUGAAUGUUGUUAGAGGCUUGAAUUUUGAAGAGAAUCUUCCUGAAGAUUUCGAAAACAAGGAUCUUAGCAAGGCCAUUUUGGAGAUGCUUCACAUCAAUAAGCUGUCGGUCCCUCAACAAGCGAAGCCACAUCCGUAUAUGAAGCAAAUUUACCAUCGACUGAGCACACAGGAGUCGAGGCAGAGAAGCGAUUCAGAUGGGACUUUGGUGCAGAGUUUCCGUAGUGUACGAGGCCCACAAUAUAGUAAACCUGGAUGGAUCUGGUUCAACAUGUCAUACUUACGGCCCUCGAUGACUGUCGCUGAGCUGAUCUUACUGAGAAAAACCCUACACCCUGAACCGCUCACAGUAACAGUGGCUGUACACAGUCUCUCAUUUGGAACAGGGAACUUGAGCAUAAGUGGCCCCCUCACGGAGCACCUGCUCACCCUGGACCAGCUUCCUCCGUCAGGCUAUGAUGUGUUCAAUGUGACAGCAUCUCUACCUCGUCGCAUCCAUGGACCACACAUUUUGGGCUUCCAGCUGCGCUUCAGGGAUGAAAGUGGCAGCCUGGUGCUCCAUGAGGCCCUAACGCAGAGCUUGUACUGCCUGAAUACAAGCUCCCUCAGUCAGCCUCUGCUGGUGACCUACAAGGUGAAACCAACAGAGCGACAGAACUUGGAGCGCAAGCAGAGGCAGUACUGCAGAGAAAGCACUCAUCAGAUAAAACAGCAUUUACAACUGAGACAGCAAAGAAGCACAAAUGACACAGCCUGCAAACUUUAUGAAUAUCUCGUUGACAUAGAUAAGACUGAACUGGGUCAAUGGAUACUGCAGCCAACAACAUUUAACAUCAGCUUCUGCAGAGGUUUGUGCAUGAAGGAAGAGGCAAAUCAUUCUCCGGCUGAUCUGAAACCAAAGGAUAAGCACUUGGAAAAUGACAAAAGUCCGCACUGCACCUCGCAGGAGACGUCUCCUCUCACAGUGAUGUAUCGGAGUGCCACCAAUGACAUCAUCAUAAAGCAGUUAAGAGAUAUCAGGGCACAGAGAUGUGUUUGCUCACCCAAUAGUAGAUCAAGUAUUAAUGGAUGA